AUGCCAGUGAGGCAGAUGAAAGAGAGCUCAGAGCAACACCUUGUAAUCAAGCCCCAUUUGCAGAAUCCUAUGAAUCCAGCUAAGAAAACAACCAAAACUGCACAAAACGGUAAAGGUCCACCGCCACAAGAAAAUCAUGGCCAAACUUCGCCUCACCCAAAGAACAAGGGAAGAAGAAGGGGACGAGGUGUCAGAAAAUCGGAUCAAGAAGUUUUGAUGAGGCCUAGUUGCAGACCAUGCACUGCAACACUAACAAGUAAUGCAAAUGGAAGUCUUGGAAAGGGUUGCAUCUCUGCUGGCAUGGAUAUGGGUUUUCCCACUUCAAGCAAGUCUUUGAGUUUUCCGCGUAGGCCUGGGUGUGGACAAGUUGGGACAAAAUGCAUUGUGAAGGCUAACCACUUCUUUGCAGAGUUACCAGACAAGGACUUGAACCAAUAUGAUGUCACUAUUACCCCAGAAGUGUCUUCUAGAACAGUAAACAGGUCCAUUAUAGCAGAACUUGUGAGGUUGUAUAAAGAGUCUGACUUGGGGAUGAGACUUCCAGCAUAUGAUGGCAGAAAAAGUCUGUACACUGCAGGGCAGCUUCCCUUUGCUUGGAGAGAGUUUAAGAUUAAGCUUGUGGAUGAAGAGGAUGGAGCUAAUGGCCCCAAAAGGCAAAGAGAGUACAGGGUGGUGAUCAAAUUUGUUGCUCGGGCAAACUUGCAUCACUUGGGCCAGUUUCUAGCUGGUAAGCGUGCUGAUGCACCACAGGAGGCACUUCAAAUUCUUGACAUUGUAUUAAGAGAGCUAUCAACUAAGAGGUAUUGCCCCAUUGGGAGGUCCUUCUUUUCACCUGAUAUUAGAACACCACAACGGCUUGGAGAGGGAUUGGAGUCUUGGUGUGGAUUUUACCAGAGCAUAAGACCUACUCAGAUGGGCCUUUCCCUCAAUAUUGAUAUGGCAUCUGCUGCUUUUAUUGAGCCUCUUCCAGUAGUGGAAUUUGUUGGCCAGCUAUUAGGAAAAGAUGUUCUGUCAAGGCCAUUAUCGGAUGCUGAUCGCAUUAAGAUUAAGAAAGCCCUUAGAGGAGUUAAAGUUGAAGUAACACACAGAGGAAGUGUGCGAAGAAAAUAUCGUGUUUCAGGGUUGACUUCUCAACCAACAAGAGAACUUGUGUUUCCUGUUGAUGAGAACUCAACUAUGAAAUCGGUAGUUGAAUACUUCCAAGAGAUGUAUGGUUUCACUAUCCAACACACUCACCUUCCUUGCCUUCAAGUAGGAAACCAAAAGAAGGCUAACUAUUUACCUAUGGAGGCCUGCAAAAUUGUUGAGGGGCAACGUUAUACAAAAAGAUUGAAUGAGAAGCAAAUUACUGCUCUAUUGAAAGUAACAUGCCAGAGACCUCGUGAUCGGGAAAAUGAUAUUUUACGGACCAUUCAACAUAGUGCUUAUGAUCAAGAUCCAUAUGCAAAGGAAUUUGGAAUUAAAAUCAGUGAAAAGCUAGCUUCUGUUGAAGCACGAAUUCUUCCCGCCCCUUGGCUUAAAUAUCAUGAAAGUGGGAAAGAAAAGAACUGUUUACCUCAAGUUGGUCAGUGGAAUAUGAUGAACAAGAAAAUGAUUAAUGGAAUGACUGUUAGCCGGUGGGCAUGCAUAAAUUUUUCAAGGAGUGUGCAAGACAGUGUUGCUCGCACUUUUUGCAAUGAGCUUGCCCAAAUGUGUCAAGUAUCUGGGAUGGAAUUUAAUCCAGAGUCUGUUAUUCCUAUCUACAAUGCCAAGCCUGAGCAGGUGGAGAAAGCCUUGAAACAUGUUUACCACGUGUCAGCGAACAAAACUAAAGGAAAGGAAUUGGAGCUAUUGUUAGCAAUAUUGCCAGACAAUAAUGGAUCUCUCUAUGGUGAUAUUAAGCGUAUUUGUGAAACUGACCUUGGCUUAAUUUCACAAUGCUGUCUGACAAAGCAUGUCUUUAAAAUCACUAAACAGUACUUGGCUAAUGUGUCUCUGAAGAUCAAUGUGAAGAUGGGAGGUAGAAACACUGUACUUCUCGAUGCUGUAAGUUGCAGAAUACCAUUGGUCAGUGAUAUACCAACCAUAAUUUUUGGAGCAGACGUAACCCACCCUGAAAAUGGAGAAGAUUCAAGCCCCUCAAUAGCAGCUGUAGUAGCAUCACAAGACUGGCCUGAAGUGACAAAAUAUGCUGGUUUAGUGUGCGCUCAAGCUCAUAGACAGGAACUUAUACAAGAUUUGUACAAAACUUGGCAUGAUCCUAUUCGUGGCACAGUUAGUGGUGGCAUGAUCCGAGAUUUACUGGUUUCCUUUAGAAAGGCAACAGGACAAAAGCCACUACGAAUUAUAUUUUACAGGGAUGGUGUCAGUGAAGGGCAAUUUUACCAAGUUUUACUUUAUGAGUUGGAUGCAAUUCGGAAGGCAUGUGCUUCCUUAGAACCAAACUACCAGCCUCCAGUAACUUUUAUUGUUGUGCAAAAAAGACAUCAUACUCGGUUAUUCGCAAACAACUACAGGGACAGAAGCAGUAUGGAUAGGAGUGGGAAUAUAUUGCCUGGGACUGUUGUUGAUUCUAAAAUUUGUCAUCCAACAGAAUUUGAUUUUUAUCUUUGCAGUCAUGCUGGCAUCCAGGGUACUAGUCGGCCAGCUCAUUAUCAUGUCUUAUGGGAUGAAAACAACUUCACAGCAGAUGGAAUUCAGUCUUUGACGAACAAUCUUUGUUAUACAUAUGCCAGAUGUACAAGAUCGGUAUCUGUUGUUCCUCCAGCAUAUUAUGCACAUUUAGCAGCUUUUCGAGCCCGUUUCUAUAUGGAACCAGAUAUGCAAGAGAAUGGCUCCGCCGGUGAUGGCAAUGUUCAUACUUCCAAGGGAACUCGAGCAGCUGGAGAGUGUGCUGUCAAGCCAUUGCCAGCCUUGAAAGAAAAUGUGAAGAGAGUGAUGUUCUACUGUUAG